CGGUGCGAGCGGCGGAGCCGUUUCCUGCCCGGGACGCGGCGGAGCGGAGCGGAGGGGAGCCAUGACGCACCAGACCGGCAUCCACGGUGCGCUCUGCCAACACAGAGGAAUGGCGGUGAUGGGGUUUCUGCUGAGAUAAGAGAAGGGAAACAAAAACCUCCCUGCUCAUGGGGCCUGUGCAGUGAGCUGCUGCAGGGCUGCCUUUGAGGAGCUGAUCCCCAUCUGCGGCCUGUUCCUCCAACCUGCUGAGAGAACAGGGAGCUCUCCUUGUCCUCCAGCACGCACUUUGCCUCUCCUCUAUUCCUGACUGCAGGAUGCGUUGGUGCGGUGGCCAGAUCUGACCGUGGAGAUGUGGACUUAAAGCUGGACCCACAUCGGGUCUGGGGACCUCCCGCUGUGGGCACCGACCCACCAAAAUGCACCUGAGCUGCCUUCCCUUGGCUCUGCCACUUUGCCUCGGCUGCCACCUACCUCCAGCAACCACAGUGUAGCAUGGUGCCCUGCUGCCUCCAGGACCUGCCAGCACUGAGGACUUUCCUUGAGCUCUGGGCCCUCCCUCUGCAGCUCCCACUGCCGUGCAGCUGCUCUGGGUUUUUGUUCCAUGCAGGGCCCUCAGCCUCGGGAUCACAUCCUGGGGACACCCCUGUGUCACCCCAUGCCUCGGUGCUGCUCCCUCCUCCAUCCCUCUGCUUUUCCUUUGGAACAGGCUGGGGGCUCUCUGUUAAUAUUUCAGGCACGCAGACUGUCUCGUCAGGUCUGCUAUGCCAAUUAAGCAGUAAUCAUGCUGUAAUGAAGCAGUUGCUGAGCUCAUGCUGAAAGCCUUCACGGCUAGCAUGUUCCUCUCCCUUGGCUCUGUGCUGGAGGAAGCAGAAAGGAAUGGCACAGACACAUCAGUGAUUAUUAUUACUAUUAUUUUUAAUUUUUGGUGUUUUUUUCCAAAAUAUUUUAGCUUGAAGCUAGGAAUAUCCAAGCUGUUAUCCCCCUCCCUCCUGUUUGGGCAGCACGAUGGCAAAGCGCAACGCUCAUCAGGACCCUUUGGCUCUUGUGUUUAGGUUUCCUAGGUGUACAAACAUCUCUUUUUCUCCUCCUCUUCCGCCCUGGGAGAAACCUCUCGUAUCUUCAGCAACCACAGCAGCUGCUUGGAGGAAGCAGCCUGUCAGCAGGGGAAGGGCUAAAAAUACCCGGCAGCAGGCUGAGUGCUGCUGGAAAGCUGUGUGCCUCCAUGCUGCCGGGGGCCAUGGGAUGGGUUUGGGAGGAUGGUCCUACUCCCAUGUCGUGCUCGGGUUUGGCUCUGAGCCUGAGGGCUGCUUCUCAUCUGUGCCUUUUCUCUCUGCAGAAGAUGCCCCAGGCUGGUGGGCCCUGGGCAGCUUGAUCUGGUGGGGGGGCAAGCAGCCCAUGGCAGGGCUUGAGGCUGAGGGGCUUCACAGUCCCUUCCAGCCCUGAGCUAUGCUCUGAUUGAGAAGGCAUCAGGGAAAGAGAGAACUUCUAGACCUUUGCUCAGGACAGCUCUUGAGAUGGUGAAACACAUGCAGCUCAGAUUUAUCACAUGGGAGGAAGGAACCGGUCUGCCCAGCUGCUCUACUGGUGACCCCUCAAGCAGCAGUUCCCUGUUGUGUUUGCACUUUGGGGCUGCUGCAGGGAGCAGUGGGUUGCUUAUCUUUGCAGCACUUGUUUCUGUAUUUCUAAUAAGUGCUGGAAUGCUCUGCAGCUUUAAAGUCUCAGGAUGGGAUCUUCCAGGCGGGAUGCCCUGCACUAAGCACCCUGCCUUGGUUCUUCUUUCUUGCAGAGCAAGGCUGGAGCAGAACACAUGCAGCAGCAUGGAAGGGUCUGUCGUAGGGUGUGCACUUAUGUGCUGGGUGACUCUUACCUGCUGUGACCCUGCAGAUCCCCAUUGGCUGCAUGGCAGCAUCCAUUGGGCUCGCUGUUGAGCUGUCAUGUGGGUAUCUGCCUGCAGCCGUAGCUGAUGGCCUGCUGUUCUUUCCCAUCCAGAGGGCUCAGUGUCACGCCUGUGUCUCCACUUUGGGCUCAGUGACCUGCAGCACUGGUGCUCAGCAGCAUCCCCACCUUUCCUAACAUCUCCCAGCCACCCUGCACGCAAACCUGACUGCGCUGCAAAGUUAAUAAACUUGUCACUUGAGCUCUGCCUGCAACCAGUCAAGCCAUCAGCUAAAUUUGGGUGAUUAUGUUCACCCAGGCCAAGUAUCAGGUUAUCUGGAUCACAUGUGCUCCCAGCUGCUAUUUAACUCUGAAGCCUCUGGGAGACGCAGCACUUUACUACCCCCGAGGAGGCCAGCUGUUGGGAUUUCAUAUUAUUUUUAUUGUAACAUUUUGGCACCGGUUAUUCUUUCUCUUUUUUUUCUGGACUGUUUUUAAUUAAUAUCCUGCCAAAUCACUUAUCCCCACGGCCCGUCAGUGAGCAGCACCUGCUUUGGCCCUUCGAUCUGAUCACAAUGUUUCUGGUUCUUUCAGCCACCACGGAAUUAAGGGACUUUUUUGCCAAAGCCCGAAAUGGUUCAGUUCGGCUCAUCAAGGUGAUCAUCGAGGAAGAACAGCUCGUUUUGGGAGCGCACAAGGAGCUGGCCCGGCGCUGGGACAUGGACUAUGAUGCCUUUGUGCUACCCUUGCUGGAUGAGCAGCAGCCAUGCUAUGUGCUGUACCGCCUGGACAGCCAGAACGCCCAGGGCUACGAGUGGCUCUUCAUCUCCUGGUCCCCUGAUAACUCCCCGGUCAGGCUGAAGAUGCUGUAUGCUGCAACCAGAGCAACGGUGAAGAAAGAAUUUGGAGGGGGGCAUAUAAAGGAUGAGAUGUUUGGAACAGUUAAGGAGGAUGUGUCCCUCAGUGGGUACCAGAAGCACGUAUCGUCCUGCUCUGCGCCCGCCCCGCUGACUGCAGCUGAGCAGGAGCUCCAGCAGAUCCGCAUCAAUGAGGGUGAAGUGGCCCAGGAUUCCUGCUCACAAGACUCAAGCACGGAGAUGGUGAAGACAGAGAUCAGUGUGGAGAGCAAGCACCAGACCCUGCAGGGCCUGGCUUUUCCCCUGCAGCUGGAUGCGCAGCAGGCUAUCCAGGCACUGAAGCAGAAGAAAAUCAAUUACAUCCAGCUGAAGCUGGAUCUGGAGCGGGAGACCAUUGACCUGGUGCACACGAGCCCCACAGAGAUCACUGACCUGCCCAAGAGGAUCCCACAGGACUCUGCUCGCUACCACUUCUUCCUGUACAAGCACUCACAUGAGGGAGACUACCUGGAGUCUGUUGUGUUCAUCUACUCCAUGCCUGGGUACAAAUGCAGCAUCAAGGAGCGCAUGCUCUACUCCAGCUGCAAGAGCCGGUUGCUCGACACUGUGGAGCAGGAGUUCUGUCUGGAGAUAGCAAAGAAGAUUGAGAUCGACGACGGCGCUGAGCUGACGGCAGAGUUCCUGUAUGAUGAGGUGCACCCGAAACAGCACGCCUUCAAGCAGGCCUUUGCCAAGCCCAAAGGGCCCGUGGGGAAACGGGGACAGAAGAGGCUGAUCAAAGGGCCAGGAGAGAACGGCGAGGACAGUUAGAUCUGGAUGAGGCAGGGACGGGUGGUGAAUGGACAGCAUCCCCCUGACUUUUCCCAGCUUCCACCUCUCCGUUCCAGGCCUUUCUGCUGACCUGGGGAUCUUUCCCUCCAUCUCAGCCUUCCCCUUCCCUUCUUUUCCCUUUUUUCAUUCCUUUUUGAGCAUCAGGACGGGUUGUUUCUCCCGACGCAGAGCAGUGGGAUGGGGACAGGCUGUAGGUGUUUGUGUUUCAUUCUCCAUGUCCUUGUGCAAGCCUGGGGACAACUGGGGAAGCACGGGAGCAGCAGGACCAUGUCUCCAGCCUACUCUGGUCCCAGCUGGGACCAGAGCUUUCCCUUGGUUUACCUGUGCUGAGGGAAGGAUUCGCUCACCUACGAGCUGCUCUAUGCAAAGGAAGGAGAUGAUACCUGGUGUUGGUUUAAUAGCAGAUAACAUUAAAUGCUUCUUUCCCUCCUCCCUCUUCCUACAGCCUUUACUCAGCAGAGCCCCGCUGUGUAAGUCCUAUGGCUGCCCGAGCCUUUCCAGGCUGCAGCCCAGACCCAUCCCUGCAGGGGGGGACUUUGCUGUUGCAGCCCCAGCACCUGGCAGGAGCAUUUGUCCCUGGUGAGAGACAACCCCUUGUUCUAUCUGGAUUUGCCUUUUGGGGAGUACAGAUGCUUCUCCUUUCCCCUCUCACUCCCAGCUGUCAUACAGAGCAUCCUCGUGGCCAGGGCCCUGGACAUGCAAGCAACAGCUGCCCAGUACCUGACACUGCUGGUGGCUUCCCAUACAGCCACUCCGUGCUGCUCCCACCCAGCUCUAGGUCCCUGUGCCUCCUGGGCUGGUCUGGCUGUGAAGCCCCUUGGGUCUGAGCUGGGGCACAGGGAUGUGGCUCAAUGGACUUUGAAGCCAGUUUCUUAUGGGUAUGGGUAGAGGAAGGGCAGCACCCAGCUCUGUUUUUGUCCAGUCUUGGUGCAGGGCAAGGUCUGAGCUCCACCUGGCUUUGGAGAAAGGUUACUGUGCCUGUUGGCAAUGUUUGGAUCCUCUUUCUGAUCCACCAAGGACAGCCUUUUCCCUCGGAGGGAGGCUUUACAGCCCUGCGGCUGGGUUUGGGACAGGAGCCAGAACCCAUUCCAUGCCACCCCUGUCCCCUGUGCUGUCUGUCGUCGUACUUCAUCCUUUCCCAUUUCCUUCAUCCCCAUCCCUGUGCUUUUAUCAGCAUAGGGAUGCCUCAGUGUUUGUAGUGUGAUUGCAAGGCGGGGGCUGGCCUGACUGCUCCAUUAAUUCUGGAUGUUGUCAUCUGUGGGAUGAACCUCUGGUCCAGGCUGGCACCCAGGUGAGGAAGGGGGUGGCUGGACAUUAUUGCCCUUUGCAAGGAAAAGGGUGUGGGAAAUGGGAUAAAGCCCCGAGCCCCUGCGAAAGGCCACCCAGCUCCCACCCACGUGGGCUGCCCCAAAUCCUGGCACAAGGGAGUCUGCCCCCCAGGGAGGGCCAGCCGGGGCUCCAGUGUGCUCACAGCAUCGAGGACAUCGCUGGUCACCAAGGGCUGUCCCCAGGGCUUGAGUUUGGCAUUGUGGAUUUGGCUUUUCUUAGAGGAUUUGGGGAGGAGAGCACCUUGCUGCUGGCUACCAGCGAGGCCUGCUUCCCCCACACCCCUGGGCAGUGGUAACACCAGGGCUGCUCCCGUGCCCUUCCCCGCUCACCGGUGAAUGUGCCGAUGUUGCCUUGACCGUGUUGGGGUGCCCCAGUGAGGGGGGUGUGAAGCCUGGGGGGAGCGGAGCACACUGUACUGAAUGCUGUAUUUUCUAAAGAAUAAAGUAUUUUUAAAGCA